UCUCGGGGCAGCUGUCCUGCCGUGAAAGGUCAUCUGUCUCAGCCUCGCUGUUCUCAUCUGUGAAGUGGGGUAGCCCCGCCCGUGGCCGCGGGGGAGGGGCGCGUUUCGGGGUGGGGGGGGAUGGACCGAACUAUCUGAGGGGCGGGGCUGGAGAAAAAGACGCUCUGUGGGAGGAGCCUUUGGUGGGCAAGGAGAGGGCGGGGCCUCUAGGUGAGAGGGUGGCCUCUUGUCUGAUCAGUUCCAGAGCUGAGGAGUGGGUGCUGGGUUAGGUGGAGGAGCGCAAGGCGGACCACAGGAAUGACAGAGACCCUUCCCAGCUCUAGUGAACCCUGGGCGUGUGGAUGUACACAGCACCAUUCCUUCCAUAUGACUAGAAAUAAAGAGCACAUCCCUGGAGUUCAGUGCGUCACACACAUACUCAUUCUACUUACAUCCUGCAAUGGCCUCACCAUAUCUGUUUCCAGGUGAGGAACACACAUAAGUGACUUGCCCUAGAAGCCUUCAAAGACCCUGCCUUUUCCUGCCCGUCUGGGGGCCCCACCUAUCCAAAGUUGCGCUUCAGGACCUGUGCCCUAGCGUAUCCAAUGCCAAGCUACAAGGCAACCCUGCCAUGGUAUCUUCAGGCUGGGGCUGUUUGAAAAACCCUUUGUUUAUAAUUACCACUGGUGGGAGGAGUGGGAAGACCACAAGAAGAGAAAGUUGAAAGGAGGUGUGGGUGCCUGAGGAAAACCACAGGAUGAAGCAGGAGAGUGAGCCAGGGUGGCUAAGGAAAGUCCUGCCUGCGGAUGAGGGAUGGUGCAGGGACCAUCUUCAACAAAGCCUUUCUGUACAAGCAAGGAAAUGCCUCAGGUGGGGUGGUUUCUUCUUCUAACCCAGCCCACCCCAGUGCCACCCUGAUGGGCACAAAUUCCAGUGCCCCCUGUGUGGACUGAGUGGAGCAGCCUGUAAGCCUCUCAGAGAUAGGGCAGGACAAGAUGACAAUCAGCUGUUGGGUGUGAAAGGGUGAAGGGGAAGUCUGCAGGGCUCUGGGCCAAAGUCCUCAUCCUGGGGAUCACCCUGGGUAAAGCUGGGAAGCUGCUAGUUGAUCAGCAGACAUCACUCACGUGAACAUUGUCAUCUUUGAAAUUUACCUGCUGCUCUGUCCCUUCCCCAACACAGUGGAAGCCUCCUUUGCCUUUGCAGCAAGGCAGCCCAAUUAGACAUUGUCCUACACGUUUGAUUCCAAAUUGAAAGUUCACAGAACUAGUUCAAAAUGGAAAGUUUUAAAGUGUUUAUCUCCAGGGCAGGGGCAAAAAUAUUCCUGUUGGCGAACAAGUCAGUAUGAGAAGGUGAAAAUUAAAGUUAAAAAAAAAAAGUUGUCCCUGCUCCCUGCCCAGCCCUUUUCUGGGGAUGGAGAGGGGUUUCCCCACCCCAGAAGGGAGGCCAGGCACCUACUUAGGUUAAUUGUGCUAAGUCCUGAGCAUAAAGUACUCUGUGGAUGCCACAUGUAAGGCCUGGCAAAGUCAAGUUUCAGAGGAAGGAAAGGCGUCUUGCUGGUCUAUAUGGGUAUCUAUGAGUAUAUGAGUGUCUAUGAGUAUAUGUAUAUGAGUAUAUGAGUGUGUAUAUAUAUGAGUAUAUGUAUAUAUGAGUAUAUGUAUAUAUGAGUAUAUGAGUUUAUGUAUAUAUGAGUAUAUGAGUGUAUAUAUAUGAGUAUAUGUAUAUAUGAGUAUAUGUAUAUAUGAGUAUAUGUAUAUAUGAGUAUAUGAGUUUAUGUAUAUAUGAGUAUAUGAGUGUCUAUUUCACAAGGCAGCGAUGGCUCACCCCUUUAAUCCCAGCACUUGGGCAGCAGAAGCAGGCAGAUCUCUUGAGUUUGAGGCCAGCCUGGUCUACAGAGUGAAUACCAGGACAGUCAGGGCUACACAGAGAACCCCAGUCUUGAAAAAACGGAGAGGGGGAGGGAAAAGAGUAGAAAUUAGCGUGUUGCGUAGUGGUCACAGUUUGAACUGUCAUGGUUUUCAUGGCUACCAUCAUCUUCCCUCCGAGAACCUACCACAAACACUGACUCUGGCCAAAGACCAUAUACUGUCCUCUACCCUGAAGCCCACUAGUUCUCCGUGCCCAUGCUCAACACACCUUGGCUCCAGAAGUGUCUCUCGAUAUACACAGCAGGAGUCUCCGUCCUGCCACUUAACAGCAGCAGAUUCUAGGCUCAGGAGGAAGCGUCAGAAACAAGGCCCAGACAGCCAUAUCUCAAAUCCUGGAUCCCAGAAGGGAAGAUGAGCAGGCUGAUCCUCUGGGCCAACUCCAAUCUAGAAGGACUUCCCACUCAAAAAACUUCUCCUAGCACUCAAAAACUUUGGUCCUAGCUGACUAUAUCAGCCUCUAAAUGCCAAACAUAUAACAAAUUCCAAGUACGGCCUGUGUUCACCUAUCCAUGCUUAAAGGCAUUUGCCUUUACAUAGACAAACACACAUCUCCCAGCCACUUUAACCUACAAGCCAAGCUUGAGAGCUUGUCCCUGUAGUCCAAGCAGUCAGGAUGCUGAGGCAGGAGGAUCACUUGAGCCUGAGAGCUCUAGACUGGCUGGGAAGGGUAGCAUGAGAACCUGUCACACAAAAGAAAGGAGAGAGAAAUGGGAAGAGCGGGCUGAGGGAGGAAGGGAGAGAAGAGACCGUGAAUAUCUCAGCCAGGCAUAGUGGCACAUGUCCAUGCUCCCAGCACUUGGCACACUAAGCAGAAAGAUUGGUUAUUGGCCAGCCUGGGGCACAUAGUAAGACCUUAUCUAGAAAUUUUCCUAAAUCCUCCAAUAUAUAUCCAUCUCACAAGAGUGGUGCUUUUCUACAUAAUUGUAAUCUUUCCUUUGGUGUUACCAAAUAAGCACUUGGUGUUAAUUUUUUUCCAGAUUGUUCUUCUCCAAAAACCUUUAGCUAUUACCUUUAAUGAUCCUAUCUAGUCAAGAUCCACGUACUGUACCUGCUAAACAUUUCUUUGAGUGAAUCAUUUAAUCUGAAAAGAGCCAUCUUACCUGUUUAUAUUUGAUUAGUUCCUUAAUGAUUAGAUCCUAGCUAUUUCUGCUUCUGUGGACUUCUGAUUCCAUCCUCUUAGAAGGCAGAUAUCAGGGGCCUUCAUGAAGCCAUUUGGUUAGUGGUUAAUGUCUUGACAGCAUACGUCUCCAUGGUAACAAGGAAAAUGUCUGUGAUACAUUCUCUAGUGUCCAGUGGUUCUCAACCUGUAGGUCAUGACCCCUUCACAGGUCACCAUUGGAAAACACAUGUGCAUCAUGAUUUCUGGCAGUAGCAAAAUUACAGUUAUGAAGUAGCAAUGCAAUAAUUUUAUGACUGGGGGUCACCACAGCAUGAGGAACUGUAUUAAAGGGUCACAGCAUUGGGAGGGUUGAGAAGCACUGCUCUAGACUAUGUGCUCCUUCUCUGCCAUAUCCAUUGAUGAUCUUUGUCUGAAUUAUAACACUGGAGGCUACAAACAGUAUUCUUCUAAUUGUACUAUUCCUUCUGUAUUAGUUGGUGUUCGUUUUGAGUGGAGGAGUAUGUUGAGACUGGGUCUCCAGUAGCCCAGGCUGUCCCUGAACUCCUAGCCUCCCUACCUCUACCUCCAAGUACUGGAAAAGCAGGCCUAUAACACUGUGGUGUUAGCGGGAAUUGUCCAUGUGACAGAACUGAGAAUUACCUGGGAGCCAGGCUCUGGGCAUGCUCUGGGAUUGUCUUGAUCAUCUUAAUUGGCGUGGGGGGUCCGUGAUAGCUACUUUCUCCUGCUGUGAUAAUCACCUUGACCAAGGCAGUUUGUAAAGGAGUUUGUUUGCGCUCAUCCAGCAGGAUAAGAGUCCAUCUUGGCAGUAAGAAGAGCUGAGAGCUCACAUCCUGAACUGCAAGUAGGAAGCGGAGAGAGCUGAGUGAGAUUGGUGCAUAACUUUCAUUAAAACCUCAAAGCCUGGGCUGGAGAGAUGGCUCAGUGGUUAAGAGCACUGACUGCUCUUCCAGAGGUCCUGAGUUCAAUUCCCAGCAACCACAUGGUGGCUCACAACCAUCUGUAAUGAGAUCUGAUGCCCUCUUCUGGUGUGUCUGAAGACAGCAACAGCGUACUUAUAUAUAAUAAAGAAAUAAAUCUUUAAAAAAACAAAAGCCUCAAAGCCUGCCCCAAGUGACAGACUUCCUCCAGCAAGGCCACACUUCUCAAAAUUCUUCCAAACAAUAACACCAACUGGAGACUAAAUAUGCAAACACCUGAGCCUGUGGAAGACAUUCCCAUCCCAUCCACAAGGCCUGUGUUUCUACUUUGUUUGUUUGUUUUUUGGGUGUCGUUUUUUUCCAAGGCAGGGCCUCCCUGUGUAGCUCUGUGGCUUGGGCUACCCUAGAGCUUACUACUUCAACCAGCCUUAAACUCAAGCGAAGCUGCCUCCGGUGCCUUCCCAGUGCUGGGAUCAAAGGCGUGUGCCACUACGCUCAGCCGAAAGGCCAUCUUAACAGUGGCCGGGACCAUUCCCUGACUAUACAAAUGGAGAAAGGGAACCGAGUGCUUACUGCCCUCUGCUUCUUGACUGUAGAUGAGUGUGACCAUGUGGUGUGCCACAAACCCCUCAACUCCCCUUCUGUGAUGGGCUGCACCUCAAACAGAAGCAAGCUCCUCUUGAGUUCUUUUGGUUAGGAUGUUUUAUCACAGCGACAGGAAAAGAAGCUAAGACAGCAGCGGGGCCCGCCCACCGCCUGGUAUUCCUUUUUAUAGAAUAGCAUUUUCUUCGUUCUCCCUAUUCCCUCCUCUCCCCCUCCUCUCUGUUUGCAGUAAUAGUAUGGACCCAUUAAGUGUUUCCAAUGUGCCAAAAUCUACUAUUGUUAUUAUUUUUGAUACUCAAAUUAUAUUAAAUCUUGAGGCCAGCUCCCCUAUGCAUCUAACGUGAACUUAUUAGUCUUUGUUCAUUAUUAUCUGGCAAAAGAAGUUCCAGGCCCACCUGGGACUUUUCCUUUAAAAGUCCAGAAAACAUCUAUUUUUCCAGGAAGUUCUAGUUUCUCCAUAAAGACCCAUGUAAGUGUGCUCAUUGAUCAUUUCUAGGCUCUCUGAGUGAUGAGCCAGAGAGGGAAGAGAGAUUUCUACUCAGGCUUAGAGUCGAGACCACGGUUGGUCUUCACUGAUAGCACCCAAAAGAUUCUGUGUCUCCAUUCCUUAUCGCUGUUUUAGAACAAAAGUCCUAUCUUUUGGUUUGGGCUCAGUAACUUAGUAGUUCAGCAGCACAAUCAAUCAAUCAAUCAAUCAAUCAAUCAAUGUCUUUUGUUUUCCUCUCAGAAGUAUUAUAAGCCUUUAUUCAAAUUCUGUUUAUGGUCCUGAAUAAAACACUAUAGCUUAUGGUACUGGACAGGGCAUAGCUCAGGAGCCCUCAUUUGGAAAUCCAGCCAGCCUCCUCUCAGUAUGUGGUCUUCAGUAGCUGUCUUCACUGUUCUGGGCUUUGGUUUUAUAAUUCUAGAAUCAGGAUAACAGCCCCAGUCCCUCACACUGCUGCUGCGGCAUGUUAAUGAACUAACCUUCAGGAAAUGCCUCAGGGGCUUUCAGCAUGCCGUGGACUCUCUCAGGAAGCACUCUCUCUCCGGCCCCUGGCAUAUGAUUGGAGUCAAGUUGAGGCUCCCUGAGGAGAAAAUACCUACAGGAGAAAGAUCUUCACUUCCGAAGACUGCAGAGUGCACACCCUGCUGGCAGAGUGGCCUGGCCACACAGCCUUCUGAUACUUUGAGCCAGUUGUCUAACCUCCUGAGCCUCAGUUUCCCCUUUGUAAAGUGGAGGUAAUACUUUCUGUGACAUACUGUCAUGGAGCUUAAAGGGGCCACCAUAUUUAACACACCCACAACCAGGUUGACUGCACACGACUACCCUCCUGGAGGCUGCAAGGACUGAGGAUUACAGGGUACAGUUCUUACAGAACAUCUCAAAGAUUUCUAUUUCAAGGGUCUUAAUUAAAUGUUGCAAAUCAUGACUUUCAGGCCCUAGACUGAAAUUGCCCCACAAAACCAGGUAGGGCACCCUGGCCCCACUGUCCUAUCAAAUGAUCUUAAGGAUCAAGGCACUACCAGCUCCUAGUUUGAUGCUUGUGGUUUGCUCAGAGAGGCUGAGAGGGUGGGGGGUUUUACUGCAUUUUGACUGGACAGGCAAACUGGAACUUGCCUCUUGGAAAACCUUCAUAAGAGAACUGUUAAUCCACAUACAGGGCUGCUGUUGGGAACUUGUAUUUCCUGAUUCAGUUUGCACCCUCAUCCAUCUUUUGAAUCUGACCUUUAAGGACCUGCUUUUUGAGCGUUGCAUUUUUCAGUAGACAUCCUUGGUUUCUGUUGAAGUAGAAAGGUUUUGAUUGCACAGACCUGCACUGUGCAGGAGCUGUUUGUCAUCCUGGGGUUUUUUGUUCCCUGGCUUCAGAUAUGAUUGGGCAAAGUUCCACACAGAACGUGAGGAUGGGGCAUCUCUUGCUUUCAUUACACAUUGGGGUCUUGUGAUAGACAGAAAUGAACUGAGGUAUGAGAUCCAGCAUUGGAUCCAGAUUGCAGUUCCCCCACUGACUGGAUAUGUGAUCUUGAGCUAUUUCUUACCCUCUCUGAGCCUCAGUUUUCCUCAUCUACAAACUGGAGAGGGUAAUAAUAUUGUAGAAAAAAUGAGUUAUUAGAUGCCCAGAAUGGGCUUCAACUUAAUACAGAGCAGAUGAACAGGAGAAAGCCCAUUUUGGUUAGUGUGUACACAUUUGGGAGUCCCACAGAAAAAAGACUCUAAGAAUUUGUGAUUGAAGUUUAUACAACAUCCUGGAGUAGAGAAAGGAAAAAAAUGCUUGAGGCUUCUGGGGGUGGUGGAGAAUUAUGGCAGAGUGGGGGAUGGGGAAAAAUGUGUAGUUAAUAUGGGUUGGCUUCUCAUACAGGUGAAAGUCUCAGGUGACCGUGGUCAUCUCCGUGCUGCUCUCUUCUGGGUCCUAAUGAGUUUCCUCUGUACUUGCAAAUUCCCUGCGUAAGAGUGCAUCACUCCAGAGCUACUCCUGUGUCUGCACUUUCUCAAAAUAACCAAACAGUCAAUAAGCCAAAGGGACAUGGCGGAUCCUGGCUUCAUGCAGUCGUACUUGAGAGUGGUGUGUCCCGGACCACUGCGAAAAGGAGAGCAUUUAGCACAACAGAAUCAUUCCUUGUUCUUUUCCACAUAACAUUAUUAAAAGUAGGGCUGAGGACAAAGCACAGUAGUAGAGAAACUGUCUUGACAUCCCAAAGUCGUAGAUUCUAUUACACACACACACACACACACCCCUGAAUGAAUGAUGGAGAUACACCUCAGUGUAGAAUGCCUGCCUGACAUAGGUGAGAUUCUAAACUGAUCACCACCACCCAGAAUGAAAGGAAUUAACAUGAGUAAAGAGUUGCCAGAUGGUAAGUGAGGCCCUGGGACGGGUGGCAGCGCUGGGCCGCCAAGCAGGGUGCAGGGUGGUAUUUGAACAAGCUGCUUCAGGAGGUUUCCGACUUUUUAAGGCUAUUACACCUUCUGUUGCUUAUAGCUUUCAUCACCAGUUUUGUCUGUCUGCCUUUCUGCAGUGCUUGGAAUGGAAACCAGGAUUGAAUAUAUUUGGCAGAUACUCAUGAGCGAUACACUUCAACCCUUUAAAACCACUUUCUGAACCCUGGGCCUUAGAUGCCAGGCAAGUACUUUACCCCUGAGAUACACCCCCCAGCCCCAUCUUACUCACUGUUACAUUGCUGUGAACAGACACCAUGACCAAGUCAACACUCGUUUAUUUAUUCAUUCAUUCAUUCAUUCAUUCAUUCAUUCAGGUUUUUCGAGACAGGUUUCUUUGUGUAGCCCUAGCUGAGAUCCAAGAACUUGCUCUGUAGACCAGGCUGGCCUUGAACUCAGAGAUCCCCUGCCUCUACCUUCCCAGUACUGGGAUUAAAGGUGCACACCACCACCUGGCUGCAACAUUUAUUUCAAAAAAGCAUUUAGAGGAGAGACAGGGAGAGGCAGAGAAGCCGCCGCGGGAGAGAAGUUGAUGUUAAGAUUCCAUGCUGUACUUUUACAAGUUGUUAUGAUUGUUUUUAAGGGAUGAAUGUGUACAGGGCUUUGUAUGUUUAGGUGGACAAUUUUAUCUUAUCAACUGGAAAAAAAGCAUUUAAUUAGGGGCUGGCUUACAUUUUCAGAGGGUUAGUUCACUGUUAUCAUAUAAGGGAGUAUGUCUGCAUGAAGCAGAAAGGGCCCUGGAGCUGAGAGCUUUACAUCCUAAUUUACAUACAACAGGUAGGGAAAGAUAGGUAGGGCUUGGGCUCUCUAAACAUCAAAGCCACUCCCACUGACACAGUCUUCCAGCAAGGCCACACCUCCUCAUCCUUCUAAUCCUUUCAAACAGUUCUGCUCCCUGGUGACUAAGCAUGCAAAUAUAUGAGCCUAUCGACUCAUUAUCAUUCAACGCCCCUCCCCCAAAACCCUACCUUUUCUCUUACACCAAUACCAAACAUGUCGGAUUUCCCCACACACAGUCAUUCUCUGACAUUGUCUGCCUACAGUUAGUGCAGACCCUACAGGCUCCCAGAGCUCUGCUCUUCCUUCCUCAGAGUCCAGUUACAACUGUAAGUUGUCGUGUGUGCUUCUAACCUGCUAAUCAGAGGUCCCAGGACCCCCUACCCAGGCCAGCUGAUUGGCAAGAAUGUCCUGCAGAAUGCAUGAAGACAGUCUGCUGAGUGGAUUUUUGGCUCUUUGUAGAAGGAUAAGUCUGAAAAGACCAGAGUAGGAAGUGCAUCUGACUGGGCAAGAGAAAAGACAGCAGCUUCCUUCAUUCCCUCUGCCUGCCCCACCCUCCCAGUGCCUGGUUUUGCCAACUCACAGUCCUGUUUGGGUGUUUGUGAAGAUUCCAAUAUUCAAAUAUGGCUGAUUACAGUACUUAUCCAUGGUGACUGUCACCCUGGUCCCUACUGAAAGGUGAGGGGUGAAAGGUCAAUCUUCUGAUAGCUGGUGUCUCCGGCGACCAGUCUCUGCCCAGGAGCAGCUACUGACGUAAGCCCUGCUGCUGUGGACAGCUGUUGGUAAGAACUACAGAAGAUGCUCCAACACAAGUAUUUCAGGAAGCGGGCUGAGAGCGGUAGACACCCAAAGGAGCUUCUGGAGCUUUCCACAGUUAGAACUCUGGACCUACUGUGUGCUAGCCAUUCACCACGCAGACAUGAGUCCUGUCAUUGUUAUGAAAGGGCUAGGGGCUCAGAAAAUGAUUCCCCAGGGUGUGAUAGAGUGCUCUGAGUGCUUUGAAUUGAAAAAAGAAAACCAAAGCCUCUCUGACUUCCUGCCCUUCUAGCUCCUAACUUUCCUUCCAAGUCCAGGAAGGGGCUUUCUCUGAAGAUUCUUUACUUGAGGAAAGACUAAGAAUUAUCUUAAUUGCUCUCUAGCUAUUGGCUCCUCAACCCAGAAGAUGAACUGAAUCACAGAAUAGACUAAGGAACACCACACUCAGUGCCCAAACAGAUUUUAUCACAGGCUGUCACCCGUUCCUCCGGGGAGAGCUCUGAAGGCUCAUAUUACCUGAGAUAACCAGCAUCACCUUAACUGUUUCCAGGCACCCAGCCUCCUACCAUGUCUGACCCCAUCACACUGAAUGUUGGGGGCAAGCUCUACACAACCUCACUGGCAACCCUGACCAGCUUCCCUGAUUCUAUGCUGGGUGCCAUGUUCAGUGGGAAGAUGCCCACCAAGAGGGACAGCCAGGGUAACUGCUUCAUCGACCGUGACGGCAAAGUGUUCCGCUAUAUCCUCAACUUCCUGCGGACCUCUCACCUGGAUCUGCCAGAGGACUUCCAGGAGAUGGGUCUGCUCCGCAGGGAAGCUGACUUCUACCAGGUACAGCCCCUGAUUGAGGCCCUGCAGGAAAAGGAGAUAGAACUCUCCAAGGCAGAGAAGAACGCCAUGCUCAACAUCACACUGAAGCAGCAUGUACAAACAGUCCACUUCACCGUGCGCGAGGCACCACAGAUCUACAGCCUGUCCUCUUCCAGCAUGGAGGUGUUCAAUGCCAACAUCUUCAGCACAUCCUGCCUCUUCCUCAAACUGCUUGGCUCUAAGCUCUUCUACUGCUCCAAUGGCAAUCUCUCCUCCAUCACCAGCCACUUGCAGGACCCUAACCACCUGACUCUUGACUGGGUGGCCAACGUGGAAGGCCUUCCAGAGGAAGAAUACACCAAGCAGAACCUCAAAAGGCUGUGGGUGGUCCCUGCCAACAAGCAGAUCAACAGCUUCCAGGCCUUUGUGGAGGAGGUGCUGAAGAUCGCCCUGAGUGAUGGAUUCUGCAUUGACUCUUCCCAUCCACAUGCUCUGGACUUUAUGAACAAUAAGAUCAUCCGGUUAAUAAGGUACAGGUAAAAAGACCCUAGUCACACUGGGGAAGGAGUUCCCAAGGAAGCUCUUGUGAGCUGAGGCUCCGAGGAGAGUGUCUCGCCAGUGGCAGGAGGCGGUGAACUAUACUAAUCUGCAUUAAUUGCACAGCAGGACCUGAUUCCCCGUGACAAAGUCCACCUUCUGGAAUCCACAUGUCCUCUGAACAGAACCACCUUUUCUUGCCAGGGGAACUGGCGAUGGGUAGCUUGUGGUGACAAGCUAGAAGUCAGCUGAAACAUACAAGAAGAACCCACAUAGGACCCUCUGGCUAGGACAAAGAGUAGCAGUUUUCUUAUGGGUUAUCACCUACCACUACUCAGUGCCCUGCUAAACCACCUCCAGAGAGAGCCCUGGUGGCUGACGGGUAGGGUGGAAACAAGAGCCCCUUUUCAUUUCCUAGGACACAACAUGUACAGCAAACCCCAUCACUCCUGCUCUUUGCUCUGAAGGAUACGCCCAGGCACCAGGACACCUUUGCCCAAAGGCAACUAUAUUUAGGUAUUUUAGAAUGCAAUAUGUUCCCAGAACCCUUUGUGGUUCCACUCAGGGAGAAAGUUGAGCCAUGGCAUGGCCUAGGGGAGUAAGUGUCCAGGCUUAGGCAGGAGGGGGUGCCCCUCCUGAAGAGGCUGAACUGAAGGAUUCUUGACUUCAGACAUUGGUUGUUAUCCCUGCAAAGAUGUGAUAGUGUUGAAGCCGAGAACAUGGAAGACGCUUCAUGAUCCAGCUGUUGCUUGACUCUUGUAGUCCUUGCCCUGUGGAUCGCAGGCAUCACUGACACCAGUCAGUUUAAACCAAUAAUACACUGUGAACUCUCAGGGUUGGAAAAUGAUCCAGUAGUUUCUUAGUUCUUCCCCUUCCUCUAGGAUACCCCAGUACAUGGUGGUGAGUUCCUCUUCUUGAGUCUCUCCAAGGGGUCACUUUUGCUGGCUUGCAUAUCCCCCCGAGUGACAGAAUGUUCACUGUCCCCAAGGCAGUUCCUACUGUGGUUGAGCACUGCUAGCUAUUAGAAAGUUCUUUCAGUAUUGACUCCAAAUCUGUACUGUGCUAGAUCUUGUUGUUAGACCUUCCUUUAUACACAGACAAGUGUCCCGGCUUUGACUAGACACUUUGAAGAUAUUACUCAGAACGAAUUCCCCUUUGCAACUUGUCUUUAGCAGAACCCGCUCCUCUCCAUCCCUGUAAGUCAAACAUCUUUCACAUGGCUUCGCUUUGUUCUCAGCCCCCGAUUCACCAGCCUUCCCCACCAGCAGGACUCCGCAUGCUUCUAAUUAUUUCUGGCUAGAAGAUGAUCACUGACUGAGGAGAUCUAGGGAUUGGGGAAGCAGUUCAGCAAGCAGUGGAGGAGUGCUCUGUAAUCCCAGUGCCCUUGCGUAAAUGCCCAGCCCCCAACACUUCUCCAAAGAGCGCAGUCCUCCCUGUCGACCUAUCCAGUCCUAAGUACCUAUGGGCCUUCCUGGGAUAUAUUAAGGACAAGAAACUCCAGGCCACCACUCCCCCAGCAGGUGAGGAACCUCAUGGACCUCUAAACUGCACGUUGGGAUUCAUUCCUGGAGUGACUAUAGCUGUAAGAGUCUUAUGGCGUCCCUGCCAGAAAAGUGCUCCAGACACAGCUAAGGAAACCUGGAACUGGCAUCCAUGGGUAGACAGAGCAAAGGGUGAGUGGGGAGUUUACAAAGUUAGAGGCAAAACUUGGUCCUGAGGCAAUAAAAGCCUCUCCCUCCCUAAUGUGGGACUUGGGAGUCUUUAUGUGGCUGUCUUGAGCUGCUGUACCACUGAUGCUCUGGAAAGUUCUUCAGAGAACCCAAUCAGGACAAGCAGAUCUGUGAUCAUAUUCAAGUAAGUCAAGGAAGAAACCUCAGAAAUCAACACUGCCCCCCCCUUUCUCCCCAUAAAACAUUGCUUUCUCCUUUUUUUUUUUUUUUUUUUUUUUUUUUUUGGUGCUUCCUAACCCAAUAGCUUGACCUUAGGGCAAGUACAGAACCUGUCAAGCCACUAACAUGCUAUUGUGACUAUACAAGUCACUCGCCUCACUGAGCCACCUCCAUUUCUUCAUCUGUGAAAUGGGCAUAUAGUAAUACAUAACCCUACCUACCUCACAGGACUUUUGUGAGGAUCAAACAAAAUAAUGUACGUGAGACUAAACAAUAAAUGACAGUUACUUUUUGUCUGCUUCCAAAAGGGGAAGUCUUGUUUUAAACCACACGGAGCCAGGUUUGAACUGACUCUGUCGCUUUCUGUCAGAUCCUGAGCCAUGUCACUGAGCCUCUCUGAUUUGUUUCUUCCUUGGGUUAACACCCCUGCACCAGACAUUUUAAAAGAGUUGGUAGGAAUUCCAGCUGGUCCUGGAACACAGCUCAACUGAUGUCAUUCCAGUAGGUAAUCAUGGUGGACCACUGAGCAGGCAGAGUACAGCUAACAAACCUGGAAGUCAGCUUCACGGACAAGCUGUGAGGAAGAAGAGCUUGAGCUUUAGCCAUUGAUGGAAUACGAUAGGAAUGUACCGGAGGUAGGCAGGUAUGUAAGGAUGGCUGGCCCUCCCACAUAGCCACUGCCCGGGGGAAUGAUGAGGACAGCAGUGGACAGUGAGUCCAGCCAUCUGCCUAGCACAGAGCAGUGUGGGUGGUGCUGUUGCAGUGGGUGUGAGCAUGGAGCAGGGCUGGGCUCCUGAGGGAGCUCCCCACACUUAAUCUAGCUUUACCCUUGCGGAGGCUUGUCAGCUCUCUGCUCCUGACCUCGGUUGUUCCCACACAUGCAGCAUGUGGUCAGAAAGGGCGCCAGUGGGAACGCCAAAGCACCUGGAUGACCACUGCAUGAAGCCUGCCCCCAGCAGGGGCCCUUCGUGCUUGAAGACAGCAGUGGCUGCCUCCUUAGGUACCAUCCUCUGGCCUGACAUCCUCAGGACCGCCAAUGACCCUAAGUCUAAGGAGACCAAGCCUCGUGACCCUGUUUCGCCGCUGGGUCCUAUAUUAGUAAGGGUUCUCUAGAAUCACAGAGAGAAUGUCCCUGGCUUGCACCACAGUGUUCCACCUCAGUGCAGCCAUCCCCAGCAUCUUUUAUUAGCCACUAAAUGGGCUGAAAAUAGCAUUUAUUAGAAUUCACCCAAUCUCAGCUUUCUUUUAUGAAUUAUUCCCAACAGGCUGUGUGAGUGGUGGAUUAGCCAAGGUCAGCUGUGGCUAGUUUCUUCAUGAUGACCAUCUGUGAAGCCUAGGUCUCCAGGGCCUCAGGGCUGGUGGCAGUGAUUGGCAGGGAAAUGAGGCCUAUCAAAGGGUGGUUUCCAGGUCCUGAAGAUCCUAGCUUUAACCACUCCAUCUGUCCAGACAGCUGGGUACCCUCAUUCUCCUUCAGAACCUUUGGGACAGUGUAGUACAGCCCUAGCAGAAGUCUGGUGACACUGAGGAGAAAGAUUGCCCAGUCAACGCUUAAGGAACACUGAACACCCAUAGCUCCCAGGUCCCACCUGACCCAAAGGCUGACUGGAUGGGCAUUGAGGGGGGUGCUGCCAGCCAAUCACAUGGGUAACAAAUCCGAACCAUGGGUAUCUGACCCUCAUCCCUGCUCCCAAUUCCCACAGUACUUCUAAGCUUCUGUUAACCAUUUUCCAAUUCUCUGUCAGCCUAGAGUAUUCCAAACCACUCUCUUCCUUCUGCCAGGUGCCCCCUCAGCCUGCCAAGGUCUAAGUUCCCUUUUACCAGGAGCUGGAUAAAGGCCUAGUUAAGCCACAUUUGAAAUCGUCUGGGAGCAAAUCCAGCUAAAGAACAAAGGGUGCACUCUCUCCCCAACCCCGGUGUUGUGCUGAAUUUAUGUAAUAGAUGCCCUUUGCUAACUCCAAGCUCCUGCAUAUACAGUUUCCUCCAGAAACAUGGGACGUGGUGUGCUCCCUCACGCCUCCGUCUGGCUGCCCCUCUACCUCCUUGUCUUCCCAGCAAGCAUCUUCUCAUCCCUAGCACUCCGCAUGAGGUCCAUUUGCUCAACUCCAUCAGAUGAGUCCUCCCCUGGAGCCACCCUGUCCCUUGGGAAUGUUUAUCAACAUUGUUCCCCCACAGCGUGGUAAUGCUAAACCAUCAACAGCCACAUCUCUGGGGCAGGGCUCUGGUUUGUAGCCUUCACCAGUUGCGGUGGCACAAGUGUGCUCAGGUGAUAAACUUCAAGCCACCAAUGUGGUAUCACUGAAAAGCAGGGAAGAGAGGCACACAGAGUUCUGGAGCCCAGAGUAAGAUGUCCCCACUUCUGCCACUCUGUUUUCUAGGGUAAAGGAGCUAUGUCUUGCUUUUUAGAUCAGAAGUCCACUGUAACUUUAACUGUAGCACAAGCAAAAUAAACCAGUCACUAGCUCUA